AUGGAGCUGCCUUUGAGUAAACUUCACAUCUCAGGGACAUUCUUGCUGCUGGUGUUGAACCUGCUCUUGUGGGAGAAAGCUGCAUCUAUUCCAGAAUGUCAUACAGAAGAGGGGGGAUGUUGGAACCCCCUUGUGGAAACCUUUAACAGUGCCAUCAACAGAGCUAAAAAUAUCCGUGAUCUUGCUGAACAAAUGCAUCAAGAGUUUUUCCACAAUGAAUUCUCUUCCAAAGCAUUUGCGAAUCUGCUUACAAAAAUGAAUAGGAGGGAUCAGGCUGUUCUCAGGGCAAGACUGUACUGCCAUGCUAAUAGUACAAACCCUCCGGAUCAUGGAACUGAACAUGUAAAUAUCAAAAACAAAAAAUAUUUAAAAAUGUUGAUCAAUUAUGUGGGUGCCUGGACAAGUCCUCUAUACCAUCUCACACUUGAACUGAGUGCCAUGCCAGAUGCCCCAGAAACUAUAAUUUCAAAAGCCAAUGAAAUUGAAGAGAACAACAAAGAACUCCUGAAUGACCUUAGGUGGAUACUCGCCAAGGCCUAUCCUACAGCACAUAUGAAGGAAAAAUUCCCCAGCUGGGAACAUCUUCCAUACAUAAAAUCAAAUAAUAAAGCCAAUAAGUUUUUGGCAAUGUUUAACCUUUCCUACUGCCUACGCCUUAAUAUAUUCUUCACUGUAUAUCAUCUCAGAACACUGAAGUGUCGAAUAGCUGGGAAAGAUUGCUAA